GGAUUACAACCUCCGGCCGUCAAACUAGGUUAUUUUUUUCGGUUCAUAUAGAAGAGAAAAGAGGGAGAAGAAGAAUUGGCGGUGCUAGUGUCCAGGGUUCAUACGGAGGGAGAUAAUUUUGAAUUCUGCUAGUUCCAUAAUCGUUUGCAACGACAAGAGUGGAGUUUCGGUUCACUCGUUGGUUUUCUCUUUCACAUCCUUUCAAACAGUAAGGCGGUGGUGGGUUUACAUAAAUUAGAUAUGUCGGCAAAAUUCUCACCAACUUUACAAAUCAGUGAUCUCAAUGAUUACAUCGCCCCAUCACAAGCUUGCAUAGUCUCUCUAAAGGGGACUACUACGGCUAAGAAGCAGGAGACAGCCCAGGUGAACCAAGUGGUGAUUUCACCUUCUGUCAAACAAUUGAACACAGAACCAGUUAAAAUUUCAUUGAAGGACUGCUUGGCGUGCAGUGGUUGCAUUACUUCUGCAGAAACCGUUAUGCUUGAGAAGCAAAGCUUGGAAGAGUUCCUUACUAAUAUCAAAGAUGGAAAGGAUGUUAUUGUGUCUCUCUCUCCGCAGUCUAGGGCUUCAUUGGCUACACACUUUGGCCUUUCUCCAUCUCAGGUGUUCGGAAAACUCACAACCUUUUUGAAGUCCUUGGGAGUGAAGGCUGUAUUUGAUACCAGCUGUAGUCGAGAUUUAUCACUCAUUGAGUCGUGUAAUGAAUUUGUUGCUCGAUAUAAGCAAAAACAAUCAUUGCCAAUGAUUUCAUCAGCAUGUCCAGGUUGGAUCUGCUAUUCAGAGAAAACUCUAGGAUCUUAUAUUCUACCUUACAUCUCGUCUGUGAAGAGUCCCCAACAAACAAUGGGAGCCACAAUCAAGAAUCAUAUUUGUCAAAGAAUGGGUUUCCGGCCAGAGAAUGUCUACCAUGUGACAAUUAUGAUGUGCUAUGAUAAGAAGCUCGAAGCUUCAAGGGAUGAUUUUUUGUUUCCGUUGGAUUCAAAUGGAGAAACCAGGAAUGAGGCCGAGAACCCAAUGGUUGCAGAGGUAGAUUCGGUCUUGACAUCUGGAGAGGUCUUGGAACUGAUACAGCGUAACUCAGUAGAUUUUAAAGCCUUGGCAGAUUCACCGUUGGAUAGACUGCUAACAAAUGUUGACGAGCAUGGACGUCUGUAUGGUGUCAGUGGAGGCUCUGGAGGCUACGCAGAUACUAUUUACCGGCAUGCUGCUAAAGUACUUACUGGAAAAGAAAUUGAAGGACCUCUUCAUUUUGAACCAAAACGGAAGAAUUCAGAUUUCUGCGAAUUAAAUCUGGAUGUGGAAGUGGAGGGGGAGAAAAUAGUUCUGAAGUUUGCCCUUUGUUAUGGUUUUCGGAACCUGCAGAAUGUUGUCAGGCAGAUUAAAAUGGGUAAAUGUGAUUAUCAUUAUUUGGAGAUCAUGGCCUGUCCAUCAGGUUGUUUGAACGGUGGAGGUCAGAUCAAACCAAAAGAAGGGCAGUCAGGGAAGGAAUUAAUUCAAGCACUCGAAAGUGCUUAUAUGGAAAAUGUGGUGGUAACUAGCCCUUUUGAGAAUCUGUUAGUUAAGCGGUUAUAUGAUGAAUGGCUUGAGCAACCUGGUUCAGAGAAAGCUAAGAAGCACAUGCACACCCAGUAUCAUCCCAUGGUUAAAAAUAUUACCUCUCAACUCCAUAACUGGUGAGCUGGACGAAACAUUAACUUGUUGGAGUUUAUUUUUGCUUUAUUAAAGCCGGAGUCAUCGUCCCUUCACUACUGCAACUACCACAUACCACGAACGAGUUGAGUGUUCAAAGACUUUCUCGUCCUGGGUAGAUUACAUUUAGAGGUAAAACGGAUCAUCUUUCUGUCAGUGUCAUUACUUUUGGGUGAGAAAGAAACUAGUAUAAAUUAUUUAUAGAGUAUAUGGAAUAUAUAUGUAUGCAAGCCGUGUGGUGUGGUGGAAAGAGUUCCAGAAUCUGAAGCCAGAGUUUGGAUGGUGUUCUUCUGGUUUCUUCAGCUGUUCAAACUAAAAGGGAUAAACAUAUGAAACGAGUCUGGUACAAGUGGUUGCGGCGGUGUGUUCAUCCCAACUGUUCUGCCAUGUGCUGGAAGAUCGUAAGAGUUGCCGUGGCAACUGAGGUUAGAGCCAAGGUGUUCUUCUUUGCAAUGACGAGGAAUCCAUUGGGGAUGAGCUUUACCUAUCGAGGUCUAGCUUCGGUUCUGUAGAAUCUUUUCUAAUAGUAAAGUUACUUGUUAUGACUUAUGAGUGUCCAAGCUUCGAGUAUUUUUUGUUCAUCUAGAGACUGAUUCUGUACAUAUAUACUAUCCAAAACAAUUUUUAUAUUCGAAAUUUUGAAUCGCUUUAAUAUAAAAGUUAAACGGUUUUGCCUGUA